AUGCAUCAUCCUAGUUUAGGCUGUGUUCCCCCAAGUUUUGCCAUCAGCACAGGGUCACCUGACCAUUUGGGACAAGACUACAAUGGAACAGACCACAAUGCAGACAUGUUUCCUCCAGCAACUGAGUAUGACAUUCCAACUCCCAGCCAUCAAGAACUCAGUGAUGUUGAUGGCAAUGGCAAUGACUCUGACUCAUUGGGCUGGGAACACAAGAGUCUAGGGCCAGUGUUCAUUGGUCUUCUUGCAGAUUUUCUCUUUAGGCAGGCUGAAAUGCCCACCAAAAAAAUCAACACACUGCUUGAAAUCUGGGCCAUGUCAUUACUUGCCUUAUGUGGGGAACUGCUAUUCACUAACCAGAAAGACCUUUAUCACAUCAUUGACAGCACAUCUGUCAGUGAGGUCAAGUGGGAGAAUUUUGUGGUGUGCAAUACAGUUCCUUGGAUGCUCAACAGUUACAAUGAGGAUUUCAUGUCAGGAGCCUGGGCAUGGAACAAGGCAGACAGAAUCAUUAGUGAGGAUCCAAUGACAGCUGGGGCAACACUAAUUCCCAUCAAUCUUGGUAGUGACAAGACAAUGGUAUUGGUAGCAACUGGCCAGACCAAUUAUUACCCCUUGUAUCUCUCCAUUGGAAAUGUUUGCAACACCAUUCAUCAUGCUCACUGUAGUGCAGUAGUCCUCAUUGGGUUCCUGGCAAUGCCAAAGAAAAUAAUAUUAUGUGGCAACAAAUACUAUUGGCACAUCAUAUAUGCACUAGCAGCUUAUAUAGCUGACUACAAAGGACAAGUUCUGUUGUCUUGUAUCAUAUGGAAUUGGUGCCUGAAGUGCCUUGCACACCAGGAGAGUCUGGAUGAUGAUGUGCUCCAUUGUCAUUGUGAGCAUGGCAAUGCCAUGAUUGAAGAAUUUGACUUCUGUGAACUGUGGGACAUACAGCCAUUUACAAAUGAUUUCCUGUGUGCAGACAUCUAUGGCAUGCUUUCACCAGACAUCCUCCACCAGCUUAACAAAGGUGGGUUCAAGGACCACCUGGUGGAUUGGGUCAAGCACUACCUAAUCCACAUUCUUGGAAAGACACAGGCAGAAAAAGUCUUGGACAAGAUUGACCAGCAUGAUGAUUCCAAGGGCCUUAUGAAGGUUUACAUUGCAGCAAUUGAAGGUUAUGUUCCACAAUCUGUUGUCUUCACUUUUCAAGCCUUUCUGGAAUUUUGUUACCUCAUUCAUCAGAACAUUAUCACUCAACAGAUGCUUGUUGAAAUUGACAAGGCACUCAGGUGCUUCCACCUUUAUUGUGAAGUCUUCCAGAAUGCUGGGGUAGUUGAUACCUUCUCACUGCCCCAGCAACAUGCUAUGAAGCAUUACUACCACCUUAUCUGUCAGUUCAGUGCACCUAAUGGCCUCUGCUCUUCAAUUACAGAGUCCAAACAUAUUAAGGCCAUCAAACAGCCUUAUCAGUGCACUAACUGCUUUCAAGCUCUCAGACAGAUGCUUUUGCUCAAGCAGAGGCUCAACAAGCUCAUCACCAUGCACACUGACUUUAAAGAACAUGGUAUGUUAAAUGAACUGUUUCUAUCACAUGUGCUUGGGGCUCUAGAACAAGCAGGGAGUUAUGAGGAGGAACUGGGUGAUGCCAUUGAUGCUCCCAGGUUGGUUGAGGCCCAUGUAUCAUUGGCUCAUACUCAUCAUAGGUCUCAACCUUCCACUCUGACUGUAGGCACCCUAGCAGCUGAGCUCUGUCUGCCACAGCCUCCAAACAUUCUGUGCUGCUUCUACUCACAGCUCUUUCCCACUGAUGAUCUGGAUGACAUCCCCCUCAAUGAGUGCCCACCAUAUGAUGGUAGCAUGCAUGUCUACAACUCUGUGUGUUCCACUUUUUUUGCACCAAGCAAUCUAUGUGGCCUCUAUGGCAUGUGCCAUGAGUACAUUCAUUCCUGCCCCAUGUGGAGGAAUGAAGGGCCCUGUUUCAACUGCAUCUUUGUUGUAACUGAUCCAGAGGCAGAGGGUAUGCAUGGACUGGACAUUGCCUGUUAUCUAGGCACUUUUUAUCUGUGCACUGUUGUACAUUGGUCCAACUGCAUGGGGGAUGACCCAGACAUAGCUACAGGGAUGUGGAUUGUCCACCCAAGUUACAAUGCACACAAUGUCCCACACAUCACCAUCAUUCACAUCGACACAAUAUAUUGUGCAGCCCAUCUCAUCCCCAUUUAUGCUGCCCACAACAUCAACACCAGAGACAUCAAGCCUCAUGACUUCUAUGAUAUGUUCAAUUCCUUCUAUGUGAACAAAUUUGCUGACCAUCAUGCAUUUGAAAUUGCAUUCUAG